AGUGAAUAAAUGACUUAAUUUAUUAGUCAUUAACUAACGAACAAUAGUGCUUAGUCAUUUCCGAUAAAAACUGCAUAUUUAUAUUACGCACGGUUAUGUUAUUACCCCAUUAACAAGCUGUCAAACCGCAAAUCUCACGAUAACACUCAAACCUUUCAUACGAAUUUUCUAAUUAAAACUAAAAUGACUGUAGAUGUGCCUGGAUUUAUUUACGCUGGGGCUGUAGCUGCUGGAGGAAUAUUAGGUUAUUAUAGAGCAGGCUCAAUUCCUUCACUGGCAGCAGGUCUACUGUUCGGCAGUGCUUUGGCUUAUGGUGCCUACCAAGUAUCACAGGAUCCCUCCAAUUAUUCCAUGCAGCUCGCAACAAGUUCAAUCUUGGCCGGUGUCAUGGGCUAUCGCUUCUACAACUCAGGCAAGAUAAUGCCUGCUGGUGUUGUUUGCUUGCUCUCAGUUGCAAUGAUUGCCAGGAUAGGUGUUAAAGCUGCAGGUUUGACUGGUUCCAAAGUAACCAGUACAUAGGCACAUCUUGAAGAAUAUAAGUACAAAGUUGCCAAAUGUUGUUUUAACAUGCUGCAUGACCUGAGAAAUAUGUACUCUGUCUUCUUUUUGUAGUCUUCCUUGUUUAAGGCUUUUUAUUGGUUAAUGGUAUUAAUAUCAUUUGUAUUAUUGAUUAUACAUCUGUAUUGUAUAUUGUUCAUUGUUAAUUAAAAUGUAUAAAUAAAACAUAUAGUUUUA